UAGUUUCCAUCAGAUUCUGGAUAUUCACUUUUGGUCUCAUAUAGUCUUUUCUUUGCAGGGCGUAUGAGCACAUUGUUCUAGUUCAUUAUAGAGAAAUCAGUGAGGGAAGGCACAAUGCUGGAUCACUGUCUUACCUGUCGCCCGGAUUUUCUUCUACUCCAAGUCCAAGUACCAGUCCUUGUACUGCCCAAAAUCCUGGCUUUUUAUCUGGAACUAGUGAAUUGUAUGAAUCAUCUCGCAGUUGCUUUAGUCCGGGAUCUGUGGAGGUCAGUUCUGAGUCAGUUAUCAGGAGUCCUGAGCAGGAUCAUUUGGAUCAAAUGGAGAGGUCAAGAGAGUUUAGUAGUUCGUCCGAUCCUGAGGUCAACCAUGCACUGCGAAGGCUUCAAGAGCAGUUAAGUUUGAAUGAUGAUGACUUUUCGGAAGAACUUUCUUCAUACUGUACUCAGAAGGAGAAUUUAACAGAUUCUGGAGUAUUAGACUUUGAAAUGAAGGGCUCCAAACAGGACAAGUUUGAAGUUUUACUACAUGGAUCAGAAUACAAAAUAGGUGAUCAGAAUUAUAGUUGGAAUGCUGGGGGGCUAGAGAAUUCAAACAAUCACCACCAGUUGCUACAAGAUGCAGUUGUUAGGGAGCAUUUGGGUUCUGAAUAUACACUUGAGAAGAAGGAUACUCCAUCAUGGAAAGAGAUGCUGGAAUCGUGUUCCACUUCAACUGGGUUUGAUUCUCGAGAGAAUUUUUUCAACAGAUCAUAUGGAAAUAUACUAGAACAGGAAAAGCCUGUGUCAGCAGAAAGGGAAAGAAUCUUGGGAAGCCCAGCUGGACAGCAAGAAACCUGGCCUUCUCAGUGGUUGGAUUUUCAUGGUAAUAGUUCAGAAAAUAGGGUGAAUUACUACACUAGUUCUGAGAGUGAUUCAAACAUGCAAAUGCAACUUUCAGUGGCUAGAGAGUUUCUAUUAGGCUCUGACAGUUCUCUUGUAUCACCAACUUCAACAUCACUGCCUCAAGUAAUAGAGAACUCCAAAAAAUCUGCAUAUUCUUCAGGAACAACUCUUCAGAAAGCCAACCCUAACUACAGUGCAAUUUGUUCUGACCAAGAAUAUCACCUUGAAGUUCCUCUUGAAGGAGAUUCAAGCUUGUCCUUCACACAGAAACAGAGAUUUACUAUUCAUGAAAUAUCGCCAGAUUGGGGAUUUUCUACUGAAGCUUCCAAGGUCAUUAUUACCGGAUCCUUCCUUUGUGAUCCAUCAAAGUUUUCAUGGAACUGUAUGUUUGGUGACAUUGAAGUUCCUCUAGAAAUCAUUCAGGAAGGUGUUCUUCGUUGCAAGGCUCCUCCACAUGGUCCUGGAAAUGUCAGUCUAUACAUCACAUGUGGCAAUAGGGAAUCCUGCAGCGAAAUCAAGGAAUUUGAAUACCGUGUCAAGCAAACGAGCUGUACUCACUGUGAUUUACAACAGAAAGAAGUAACUAAAAGCACCGAAGAUCUGCUGCUCCUUGUCAGGUUUGCACAGAUGCUUCUGAGUGAUCCACUGGCUCAAAGAGAAGACAGUGUUCAAUCAGGAAUCGAUGUACUGAGAAAAUUGAAAGUUGAUGAAGAUCCAUGGGUACAUAUUAUAGAGACACUCUUAGUUGGCAGUGAGACUCCAUUAUGUACCAUGGAUAGGCUUCUUCAAGAACUUUUAAAAGACAAGUUGCAGUGCUGGCUUUUGUCCAAAUACCAGGCGGAAAGUGACACACCUGGUUGUUCCCUGUCCAAGAAAGAGCAAGGAAUAAUACAUACGGUUGCUGGGUUGGGCUUCGAGUGGGCUUUAAAUCCAAUUCUUAACUCUGGGAUCAGUGUUAAUUUCCGUGAUGUUAAUGGCUGGACUGCUCUUCAUUGGGCUGCACGGUUCGGAAGGGAAAAAAUGGUCGCUGCACUUCUAGCUGCUGGUGCAUCAGCUGGUGCUGUAACAGAUCCCACCUCACAAGAUCCAACGGGUCAAACCCCAGCAUCCAUUGCUGCUGCCAAUGGUCACAAAGGACUUGCUGGAUAUCUCUCAGAGGUGUCUCUAACUAGCCACCUUUCAUCCCUGAAACUGGAAGAAACUGAGCUUUCUAAAGGUGCAGCUGCUGUGGAGGCAGAAAUAACUAUGGAGAGCAUCUUGAGGGAGAGCCUUGGUGCCACAGAGGAUCAGCUUUCACUCAGAAACUCCCUUGCUGCAGUUCGAAAUGCAGCUCAGGCUGCUGCACGCAUACAAUCUGCUUUUCGUGCACAUUCCUUCAGAAAGAGACAACAAACAGAAGCAGCAGCACCUUCUAGUGUUGAUGGUUAUGAUAUUACUACAGACAACAUUCAUGAGCUUUCUGCUGCAUCAAAGUUGGCCUUUCGCAACCUUCGUGAUCAUAAGUUAGAUAAAGCAGCUUUGUCUAUUCAGAAGAAAUAUCGUGGUUGGAAAGGACGGAAAGAGUUUUUGGCAUUGCGCCGGAAAGUUGUGAAGAUACAGGCUCAUGUGAGGGGACAUCAAGUAAGGAAGAAGUACAAGGUGUUUGUGUGGGCUGUUGGUGUACUAGAUAAGGUCGUCUUGAGGUGGCGUCGAAGAGGAGUUGGUUUGCGAGGAUUCCGGCCCGAAUCAAAAUCUAUUGACGAAAGUGAAGAUGAGGACAUCCUUAAGGUAUUCCGUAAGCAGAAAGUGGAUGUAGCUACUGAUGAAGCUGUAGGUAGAGUUGUGUCCAUGGUUGAAUCCCCUGAGGCACGUCAGCAGUACAGUCGGAUGCUGGAAAGCUACCAACAAGCCAAGGCUGAAUUAAGUGGUGCAGCAAGUGAAGCAGCAUCAACUUCUCAAUGCAAUUUUGAUGAGAUGGAAAAUGAUUACAUGUACCAGUUCCCGUGAGUUCUGAAUUACCUUAGCUAUUGAGCCCUCCAUAUACCCAACUUCGAAGCUCACCUCAAAUAUGGUAACUGCAUUCACUUGUGCAUAUAUUCCUGUUAGUUAAGGAUUUGAUACUAGUGACUAAUUUCUAGAUAUGUUUGUCGCAUAUAUUAUGCCCAUUUGUUGAUGGUGUAAGUGAUUGUAAUUGUUGUAAAUGGUUUUUCAAUUGUAAUUGAUGAUUUAGUUUUGUUAA